GUCACCUUCACAUAUGUUUAGCUCUAAAUAUAGACUGCAUGGACGUAUUCAUGUACUCUGAAUCCGAAAUAUACCUCGGAGACUGUUACGUACUUUUAAAAAGAUACUCGUUUCGCUAGACCUCUCACGUGCAUCACUAAGUCUAAUGGAGGAACGAGGCCAUCAGCUACGUGUUGCCACACGGACCAAUAUUACAUUGCUCUGCCAGUCUUUACACCACAGACACUCUGCAACGACAUAAUAUUUGCAGAAAAUGAUUAACAAAUGUUAUUUUUUUUAAUGAUAUUGGAUAAUUGCUCACGGCACACCUGACACUGAGACUACGCGUUCAUGUGCGACGUUCACGUACAUACACAGAUACGUAUUUAGCUUGGGCCGCACGGUGGACGAUUGGUUGGCAUGUCGACCACACAGUCAGGGGAUGGGAAGACCUGGGUUGGAAUCUCCGCUUGGGCAUCUCUGUGUGGAGUUUACAUGUUUCCCCGUGCAUGCGUGGCUUUUCUCCGCUUUCCUCCCACAUUCCAAAAACAUGCACGUUCGCUUGGAUGGAUGGAUGGUAUUUAGCUAGACGAUGCGUUCAUGUGCGACGUUCACGUACAUUUGUGAAGAAAAUGUUUGGAAACUUUGUGAGUUGAUCGGGAAGGAAGGAAUUGCACCUCUAGAAGAAAUCUUUGUGGUUUUCAUCUCAAAUGACAACAGAACGAUUCCACUGUGGAAGCAGAAGUGCGCAUGUGGAGACCAGCCUGUGGUUUGGGAUUACCACGUGCUUCUGCUUCACAUCUGCGGCGGGUCUGGUUCUGUGGUGUACGAUCUGGACUCGACGAUGCCCUUUCCCUGCAGCCUGGAGCUGUACGCCAAGCACGCCCUACGCACGGACCACGGCAUUCAGGCCGCGUACCGCAGGAAGUUGCGUGUGGUCCCCGCCAACUGCUUCCUGUUGAACUUCGCCUCGGAUCGGUCACACAUGAAGAAUGACGACGGGUCCUGGAAGAUGCCGCCCCCACCGUACCCCCCCAUCUGUACCACAGACUCCCUCAUGAACCUGGAUGACUUCAUCAGCAUGGAUCCCAGCGUGGGAUGGGGGAAGGUUUUUACGUUGGACCACUUCCUGCAGCACUACGUCCAGGACUCUUCUUCUCCUUAGUUCAAAUUUCUUCUGUCCACAAAAUUUCCUGUGCUUUUUGGGCUUUUCUGUGGAAGGGCCGCGGUAUUUUCUGACCCUGGUCACUGAUGUGGCAGCAGAUCCACACCCCAGUAGCACGUCUCCAGGGGCUACAAGUCAUCCUCCAGUCCAGACACGCAUACUCUAUGAUUGACAGGAACAUGAUUUCACAGACACACCAGUCACAGGUAUGACUAGAAUAAGAUGACAAUAAAAGAAGAAUGGAAUUACA